AUGUGGAAGAGUGUAGUGUGGAUUACCCUGCUACUUGGAUAUAGCUAUGCAGGCAUCGCAUCUUGGAGCGAGGAUAUCUCAGUGCAUAACAAUGCGGCCGUAACUGGAAUACACUACUCCCAGCAUGAGUCUUCGGUGAAUGCUGCCCGAAAAGCGGCAGCGGAGCGUUUGCAACAGCCUGCGGCUCUGGUGGCCAGUGGCGGUACUACUGGACCAUGUGAUAAGCUCUGCUACAACAGGUACAUUGCUGAUGGUGCAAGUGAUGUAGAAACGGUUGGGCAGGGCAUUGUGGGCUUCACAUCCACCGGAACAGCAGCAGGUGCCGUUGGAUCGUCACAGAAAUAUUCGUCUACUUCAUCGCGAAUGUCUGAAUCGUCGGUACAAAAUGUACACGGUGCGGUUGUCUAUCCAGCUGUUGCAUCGACGUCAGGUGUAAGAUCUAGCUAUUCUAGCUCAUCCUCCUCUCGGCAUAGCUCGGGAUCAGCACAACCUGCUGCAGCGGCACUGUACAGUGCCGACCAUGAACGGACCCAGGCGCAUCUCGCACAGCCACUGGUUUAUACCGUUUCGGCACCUAAAACCCACGCUUCCCAAAGCAGUUACGAGCGAUCGAGUAACGAACGAACGGUAGUCAGUCGACCGGUGGUUGCCAAUGUAGUCUACACCUCGGUUCCUGCAGGAGGAUCAUCUAGCAAUAGCUUUAAUGCACGCUCCAGUUUCUCUGCGGCCUCGAACGAACAGCAGCUAGUACAACCGGUCACCUAUCCGACAGCUAACAGUGACUAUUCCGGACGAUACAUCGCUCAGCAGGACCAUCAGUAUAGACAGUAUCCGUCGAAAACGUACGUCAUGUACUCGAAACCGAUCACUUCCUCCGUGCAGUACUACGCACCGUCACGAUCACGAACCGAGGAGAGCGCUUCUUCAACGUCGUACGAUUCUUCCGGACGAGUGGUGAACUUGAACGUCGUUCAACCGGUACACUCCGAGCGUGUCGAUGAACAGAGAACGCAACAACGUGCCGAAUCGGUGCAAACUGUACAGCGCCAAUCAGAUCUCUACCCAGUUCGAUCGUCUUUCGACUUUCAGGAAAAAGUAAACCAAGAGCAGGACUAUGAGGACAUAGUUGAUGGUGCAUCGAGUGAGCGCCCCCAGAGAGUAAUUGCUCCAACGGUUCCGAGCUCCUCAUCGUCUUCCUCGCAGCGUCGUGCAGAGCAACAAAGUACCUACGUUCGUACGGGUUCAUACGUACCCAAUAUCGGUUCUUCCACCCGGUACAGUACAGCCCAAGCAGCUGACUCUCAGCGUCGUCAAACAUAUCAGUCCUCGCCAACGUACGUCGCAGCCGUUCCCGUGGUGGGGGCCGGCUCCACGUCGAAGUAUGAAAGCGCCUCUGAAUCGCAACACCAGCAGCAACGACAUUCCCAAAAUUCGCUCAACGUUCCACUCGUAGUCCAGCCAGCUCCCGCAGGUAGUGCUUCGUCCUCAUCCAGUCGGUACGCAUCCUCCCAACAGGAACAUCGCGCAAGUGCUGGCGGACCAGGCUACUACGCUCCAGCCGGCGCUUCGUCAUACGGUUCGCAGUACGCCACUGAUACCGCUGCCCACAGCUCUGUGCACAACAAUCGCUACAAGGCUGGAAGUGGUGGAAGCUUUAUCCACUUUCCCAUCACGCACGAUGAAUUCGGCCGUCGGUUCGGGGCGGUAGGCGGAGCAGGUGGGUACGGGGCGGAUACUGAUCUUCGGGACAUUAUGAGCGAGUCGGAAUCGCUGGCCCGGAUGCAGGCGCAGAACGUGCACAAUGGUGCUGUGUCCGGCAGUGGAACAUUCGAUGCGGAUACGCGAUUCGGUGGUGAAUCGGAAGGUUUGGGCACGAUGCCCGGUGGCUUCCAGCGUUCCAAAUCUUGGUCCAGCAGUUCCAAGUGGGCUUCCGAACAGCGCUAUGGAGAAGACGGUAAGCCGAAAACGUCCAGCAUGCUCUCGACGGCGGAGAGCGAGAAGCAUAAUGUAAACGGCAAAACGACCGGUUACAAGGCGGCCACCACGACCGUCGAGGAUGAUGGAAAGGUCAGCACGUACAGUCUGCACACCACGUAG